CACCCCUCCAACAUUAACACUUUUUUUUCUACGAGUGCUGCGCAGCUGAAUCUCAUGUAACCGUGUCGCAGUAAUGCGAAUGGUGAGAAUAGGGCUACGAGAUGUGAAGCCGAAUUUCUUUGUCCUCCAUCGGAUUUCUCAUGCCCCUCAUCGCCAAUUAUACCAGCGGGAAAUUCGGUUAUCUACCCAGAGAUAUAAAAACGAUGGCCAACGGUAUAUCUCGGCCGCGUCCCUUCAUGAAUUAGGAGCUACCUUCAACAAAAUUUCAUCCGGGAUCCCUAGAGACCUUGAGGCGACACAGGCUUUAACCACCCCGCAGCAGAGAUCGGGUUCACUGUUAAUUCAAGACACAGAGCUAUUUGAAAAAUGGAGAGCACUCUUGACCAAUCCUCUUCGUCUUGCGGUUGAAUCUGACUUUGACCGGCGUGGGCCUGCUAAGGCAUGGCCGAGACGAUUACUGGUGGAUAAUUUUGAAAAUCGCAGCGAUCUUACCUUAUGGACCUGUCUCUUAGAUUACCAAAAGAGAAUCAAUGGAGAUGCCGGUGUUCGAAGCGUUUGGAAUGGCCUUUGGGGACGUAAGUCCCUAUAUGAGGUCCAAGACCCACUUGCCCCUGUCUUUUGGCAGACAAUUUUGGAUGCUGCUGUGAAAUCAAACGACCGCAAAUUCCUAACAAGCGUAUGGGUGUACAGCGAGUGGAUGUACGACAGACACGGAGUGAAAUGGCCCCAACUUUACUCGACGGUCUUGACGCAUUUUCUGCGAACUCAUCAACAUCAACAGGUGCUACAGUGGCAAUUACGACUAACACCAAAUUUCUAUCCCGGCGUAGAAGACUUUACGAACAUGAUAAAGCAUUUUGCAAACGACCACGCACUUUAUCGCACUCCUACUCUCGAGUCGCUCUACAUUGUAAACCCUGACCGCCGAUUGUACGACGCUAUCGUCCCCUACUUGUACGACCUGGGUGAAUUUCAUUUAGCAAGAAAGUGGCGCCGUCUCUGCAUCCGCCAUGAUGAUACGCCAUUGGCGCCCAUUCAUGCUCGGUCUUUCCUAAGGUUAUUACAGGGGUAUUUUCCACACGAACAACUCCACCCCGACGAAUCUGUUGCCGUUCACGACGUCAAUUUUGAGACGCCAGAGAAUACUGAGCGGAUCGAGUUAUCUCGAGAAUUCGUCAACCGUGUACAUGGCGGAACCUUUGGUAUUAAAGUGAAGCAAUACAAUGAUAAAUUGGGUGCUAAGUGGCUCGCUAGUUCUUGGGUUAGCCUAAAUAUAGCGAUAUCAACGAUUUCAGCUCUCGGGAUCGAAGAAAUCGGUCCACUAUCGUUACAAUCGAUCGCUCUGAGAGAAGGAACCUCGGAUGGUGUAUUGGACCGCAUAGAACAGCUAAAGGAACACGGGAUCUCAGUCGCCGAUUCGAAUUAUUAUAGACUAGUAGCCUAUCUAGCCAGGGUCAAGGACGAUGAACUCCUUCUGGAUCUCUUACGCAGUGACCUUCAUCCAGAUGUAUUCGACGAUUCCGAGCUGCAGGCGCGGCUUAUUGUUUCGGCGGCGCAAUCAGAGGAUUGGCGGACGUAUCGUCUUAUCCUCGUCACGAAAUUGGUCGUGAUGGAAAAGCCGGUGCGUGGUGCGGCUAAUGCGCUCGCUCGGGUAUAUAUCCAACAAAAGGACCGACAGAGACUCUCGAAACUCCUAGAUGACAUGAGAUCUAUGGGUAUCACUAUCGAUUGCGACCAAACCCAUUUAAUUUUUGACAGUUUUGUCAAUGAGGCCAAGUCUACCUUUAUCUCUUCAGAUUCGCUUAAUUUUUACCUUCCUAUUUGCCGGCAAUUAUUGUCCAUGGAAAUUCCCGUCCCGGUUCGCUGCUGGAGAAAGUUCUUAUUUUGUCUCGCUCGACAAGAACGGACUGACGAACUAGAGAAAAUUUGCGUUGAACUGGUAGACAUGUUUGCUUCCUCCAAGUCUUCACGCCCCGGUUUCGUCCCAGUACAUCCCGAAGACAUCCCCGAGCCAAUGAGAAAGCCGCUCUCUGGUGUUAAAAACCUUCUCGGCGUAUAUAUACCUCAAGAUUUGCCAACCCAGACACCACAACACCCAUUACGCCAAAUAUUUGACAGCAAACUUCUCGGUACUAUCGUCCGUUGUUCGUUUCACUCAUCUAUAAACGACCAGAGCAAGUCAAUCCAUACCUUACAACUGAGUCGUCGCCAACUAGGUGAUUUUAACGGCGGGCGGGCGAUUAGACUGCUGAGGAUGCUUCGCGAUCGAGGCUUGUUCUUAGAUCCAGAGCACUUGGCUACUUGGGUCAAGCUGCGCCUUGUUACUCUUUACGGGCCUGGUUAUCCAACUAAAAGGAAUUUGCAAGUGGUUCGAGCGAGCAAUACUCUGACAUUAUCACAAAUGAAAUCCUUACUCGACGAAGCUUGGGGAGAAGAGUUCCUUCCACCAAUUGAGAAAUUACGGGCAGAAAUUUAUGCUCGUGGCCAUAAAGCAAUGGCAAAAGACAAGAAGUAUCUACGAAGUAUGGGGAGAACGGCACCUCAACUUCGCAUGGUAAUAUAAAGCGCUGUUCUUAUACCUACAUGUACAUAAUGAAGAUACCCGCAGAUUCGCAUAGAAUAUAGAUAGAGGGACGUGUACCUAUACAAAUAA